CAGAGGGCAGUUUUCCAGGCCUGGUCUCAGAGUAAGGGGACCUGGUUGCAUUUGGUGUCAUCUGGGACCUGGUUGCAUCUGGUUGUAUUAUGCCAUUUUUUGUCGUCGUUUGAGCUGCCCAGAGAAUGUUUAUGAAGGGGCAGCUAUGUCAAUAAAGCUGUUUGUUAUAUAAAUAUAAUAGAGGCUCCCGAGCUCCCUAUUCUCCUGAGGAAGAUGGUGGACUCUGUCUCUCAACCAGAAGGAAGCCUAACCAGGAGCAAAGACUGACCCAUUGCAGAUGCCCGGGAACAGAAAUGCAUAGGCUCCAUUCAAAGGAUUUCAAAGAAGAAAAUAUGACUCUUAGGGGACCCAGUGUUGAUCUGCCAAGUCCAAGAAUCUGCGUCCUUGAGACCAAUGGGAGACGGAGGCCAGGCCAAGCUGGGCUGAGCUUGUCAAGGUUGACUUCCCCUUCAGACAGAGACACCGGCUUGUGAGCAAGUUGGAGGAAGACCUCCUGUUUUCUGCUGAGAUCUCGUGCCACAUCUUCUGAAAGAAACAAGUGAGGAUGCGAACUGGGGAGAAGCUGAGCAGGCAUUUGCCAUCCGAGAUUUAAAUGGGAUUAGAAGAUCCUGGCCAGCGAAAAAGGGACUCCGGAGAAGAGCGAGAGGGGGGCCGAGGAGCGGAAGACUCGCCACCGGCCGGGCUGCAAAGCGGAACCCCUCGGAGGCGAAGUCGAGGAGCGCAGGGGGCCGAAGCCAGGAUGGUGCCCCCCCCAGCCAGCCUCCCGCCCGCUUUCUGAGGGAUCGCCUCGGAACAAUGAACUGAACGUGAUGAAGCUGGAAUCAGCACCGCUCUCCACACUCACAGCAGCAGCGGCAGCAGCGGCAGCACCACCCAGGGGGAGACUCUUUUUUCUUUGGACCCUAUUCUGUUUUACCUGUUUCCUAGGAUUCACACAGGGAAGCCCUGAAGAUGUGGACAUUCUUCAAAGACUGGGUCUGGUGGGACCAAGGCCGUCCGGCCCAGGGUCGUCGUCACGCUCGGUUCCUCAGGGAGUCAUCCCGUUCAAGUCGGGGGUCAUCUUCACCCAACGCGCACGCAUUGAAGUGCCCAUCCGCGCAGUUAUUCCCGCCGCCUUUGGCACGGACAUGACUUUAGUGCUGAGCUUGUGUUCCCAUCGGGUCAACAGUGCUUUCCUGUUCACUGUCAAGAGCAAGAAGAAGAAGCUACAGCUGGGGUUGCAGUUCCUCCCAGGGAAGGUCAUCGUCUACGUAGGCCACAAGCACUCCGUAUAUUUUGAUUAUAAUGUCCAUGAUGGACAGUGGCACAACCUGGCCAUUGACCUCCGAGGGCAGGCGGUCACUCUGCUUACCUCUUGCGGGAAGCAGAGAGUGCAUGCGGAUUUGCCUCUUAGAAAGGACGAGGCAUUGGACCCGGAAGGGUCUUUCCUCUUAGGGAAACUGAACCAGCACUCAGUACAGUUCGAAGGUGCCCUGUGCCAAUUUGAUAUUUAUCCUUCCGCCAAGGCAGCUCACAAUUACUGUAAGUACCUGAAGAAGCAAUGCAGACAAGCCGAUACUUACCGGCCGAAUCUCCCGCCUCUCGUCCCGCUUCUGCCCAAAGAUCCGGGAGCCUCUGAAAGGACUCCACCACAGUCGGAUGUUUUCCUUCUGGGCUUGAAGAACCUGACCACUGUGAUUCCUCCAUUGCCGCUCUUCCAAGCCACCACUCCUCAGAGGAACAGGAGGUUGGUAGCUGCGACCGCCACCGUUGUACCAUCGAAGCCACCAGCUCUGCUGCCAAGCACCAAAGCAGCGAAGACCAUUGUGGCAACCUCUCCCACCCUGCCAAACACCGAAGCGCAGCUGCCAGCCCACACGCUCCAUUGGCCGGCCACAGCAGGCCAUCGGACAUCCAGAGUAGCUCACUGGACUACCACUGUAGCCCUCGGGGUAUCUCGCUCUGCUCCCAACACAAGUGUGAAGCCUCGUUUGCCCACUGCCAGACAUGUCCUCCCUGGCUCACCAAAUGCGUCCGCCAGUCCCACUGCAGUCCUCCAUAAGAAAGCGGUGGAGAAAGGAACCAAAAAGAUCGCCAUCCAAAGCCAAACAGUUAAGCCCUCACCAGUGGCCAGCACUGUGAAGCCAGCAGUGAAGAGGAUGGAGAAUUCAUCCAGCGUUCUCCACCCAGCAACCCUAAAACACAAGCCGGAGAGUGUGACCAGGGGUCCUGUACCAAAGAAGCUAAUGUCUUUACCCGCACUGAAAAAACCAGAUCCUACUAUGGUUGCUGUUGCUUAUACCAAACCGACUUUUGGAGCUGUUUAUCCUGUCGUCAGAAUGAACCUGCGGAACAUCAGUUUGACAACACCGGCGGCCACCGAUGGGUAUCAGCUGUUUGACCCCAUUGGGCCCACUCUCUUCCCGUUUGUCACAGGGCUUCCGGGGCCGAAAGGAGACGAAGGUCUUCCGGGCCCCCCAGGUCUGCCCGGUUUAUCAGGACCACCUGGCAAGAGAGGCCCCCGGGGUCCUCCUGGCCCCCAUGGGAAUCCUGGCCGGCCUGGCCCACCUGGCUUUAAGGGCCAAAAGGGUGAUCCCGGAUUGUCACCUGGAAAAGCACGGAACGGUCAAAAGGGAGAUGGAGGUUUACCUGGAUUGACAGGUCUUCCUGGGCCACCUGGUAGAAAGGGGCAGAAAGGUUAUCCAGGCCCACCAGGUCAUCCUGGAGACCAGGGUGAACGAGGACUUGCUGGGAAUCCAGGUGCCAAAGGUUAUCCUGGCAGGCAGGGUUUACCUGGACCUAUAGGAGGGCCUGGUCCAAAAGGCAGCCGGGGGUACAUCGGCCUGCCAGGGUUGUUUGGGCUGCCAGGUGCUGAUGGUGAGCGAGGGACCCCUGGAGUUCCUGGCAAGAGGGGGAAGCUGGGUAGGCCGGGUUUUCCUGGAGAUUUUGGGGAACGAGGACCUCCGGGAAUUGAUGGCAACCCGGGAGACGUGGGCGCCCUGGGUCCUCCUGGAGUUCACGGACUCAUUGGUGAUAUGGGUGCUGUCGGACCAAUAGGCUUUCCCGGACCAAAAGGAUUAAAGGGACUGAUGGGAAAUCCUGGAGAGCAUGGACUGAAAGGUGAUAAGGGUGAGCAAGGAGUACCCGGGGUUCCAGGAGAUGUCGGAUUCCAAGGUGACAAGGGUAGCCACGGUUUGUCUGGGAUGCCAGGUACCCGAGGGAAACUAGGACCUGUUGGGAAGAUCGGCGACAAAGGUCCAGUUGGAAUUCCGGGACCGCCUGGCCCCGAGGGCUUUCCAGGCGACAUUGGCCCACCAGGACACAAUGGCCCUGAAGGCAUUAAGGGGAAACCAGGAGCACGGGGAUUACCUGGUCCCAGGGGGUUACCUGGCCAAGAGGGAGAUGAAGGGCCAGUUGGACCACCUGGCAUCCCAGGGGCAGAGGGUCCAAUUGGCAGGAAGGGAUUUCCGGGGAAACCAGGUCCCGACGGCUUAAAGGGUGAACCAGGGAAUCCAGGCCGGCCAGGAAAAGUUGGUGAUCUGGGUCUGAUGGGCUUCAUUGGUCCAGUGGGGGAACCCGGGAUCGUCGGGGAGAAGGGCGACCGGGGUAUCGUCGGACCUCCAGGACAGCCAGGCGACAAGGGGUCGAUGGGACACCCAGGGAUACCUGGAGGAACUGGGGCCCCUGGCCCCCCUGGACAACCAGGUCCUGUUGGAGUUCGCGGUCCCCCAGGAAUGAGAGGUGCAAAAGGUCGUCGGGGUGCUCGAGGUCCUGACGGACCAGUGGGUGAGUCAGGGUCACGAGGCGCCAAGGGCCCUCCGGGGCAUCCGGGCAAAUCGGGACCCGACGGCCUACAGGGAAAAACAGGAGAGACGGGAGAGAUGGGACCCCGUGGCUUCCCGGGUAUCCAAGGACAUUCAGGACCCCAAGGAGCAAAAGGGCCUCCAGGAGACCCGGGACCUCAGGGAGCACAAGGCCCACCUGGACCUUUGGGAGAAAUUGGCCACAAGGGGCCGCCUGGCGCAGCAGGGCAGAGGGGCCUUCCGGGUGAACCUGGCAUGAAGGGCGAUCUUGGUCCUUUUGGGGUCCCUGGAGAACAAGGCCUCAUUGGUCAAAGGGGAGAACCAGGCCUGGAAGGAGACAGUGGCCCACUUGGACCUGAUGGACUCAAGGGAGACAAAGGAGAACUCGGACCAGGAGGAGGAACAGGAGACAAGGGUCAAGAAGGCAUCAAAGGAAAAGAUGGGCCUCCCGGCUAUCCUGGACCCACCGGCGUCCGAGGACCAGAAGGGAAACCAGGUCAACAAGGGGAAAAGGGGAAAACUGGCCCAAAGGGCAGCAAAGGCCAUCAGGGGCAACUUGGAGAGACUGGCCCACCUGGGAAGAUGGGAGUCGUGGGGACUCAAGGCCCGAAAGGAUCCAGAGGUACCCUGGGAGCUAUGGGUGCUCCAGGUCGAAUGGGAGUCCAAGGAGAGCCUGGUUUAAAAGGCUACCAGGGACACGCAGGAUCACCAGGCCCGAUUGGACCACCUGGAACCAAGGGUGAAAAGGGAGAACAAGGUGAUGAUGGGAAGAUGGAGGGACCUCCUGGGCCGCCUGGAGACAGAGGCCCAGCUGGUGACAGAGGUGAUCGUGGGGAGCCUGGAGACCCUGGUUAUCCUGGCCAAGAAGGCCUUGAUGGAGAGAGAGGAAAACCUGGACAACAAGGCUUACCUGGACAUCCAGGACCACCAGGCCAACCGGGGCCGAAAGGAUCCAAAGGCAAUCUGGGUCAAAAAGGAAAGCAAGGACUUCGGGGCGUCACAGGCAGCAGAGGCUCACCAGGUCUUGUUGGGUUGCCAGGUCCUAGAGGAGUGGUUGGAAGGCAGGGCCAAGAGGGAGCCCCUGGAGUUGACGGGUUACCUGGGAAAGACGGCAGUGCUGGGCAAAAGGGAGAACAAGGCGACGACGGGGAGGAAGGCACGCCGGGGAUGUCUGGAAAGAGAGGGAACAGCGGUGUCGCGGGUCUCCCAGGAGCUCAGGGCCCCCCAGGAUUCAAGGGAGAAAGAGGAUUAGCUGGGCAGGCUGGACUGACGGGGAAACGGGGGUCCCAAGGUGGAAUGGGGCCCCCAGGAAGCCUUGGUGAACCAGGAUCUAAGGGGCAGCCGGGAGACUUUGGUGAAUCAGGAUUUCCAGGGAUCGCUGGACUGUUUGGGCCAAAGGGACCCCCUGGAGAUCUCGGGUACAAAGGAAUCCAGGGCCCCAAAGGUCCACAAGGCCUCAUGGGGAAAGAAGGCGUGAUUGGUCCGCUUGGAAUUCUGGGUCCAACAGGCAGCCCCGGACCCAAAGGAGACAAAGGUAGCCGCGGCGAAACGGGAUUACAAGGCCCAAAGGGUACCCCAGGACCUCAAGGACCCCCUGGACCUCCAGGUCCACCGGGAAUUCCAGCUACAUUACAGCAGCAAGAUGGCUUUGGUGCUGCUUUCCAGGCAGUGAUGAGUUCCAACACUGUGUUCAAAUCCGAGGGUUAUCAAUAUUCAGACCUUCCAGUGCUGGACCAGGGAGGGGAGAUCUUUAAGACUCUGCACUACCUCAGCACCCUCAUCCAGAGCAUCAAAAGACCCCUGGGAACCAAGGAAAACCCUGCCCGCAUCUGCAGAGACCUCAUGAACUGUGAACAGAAGAUGCAAGACGGCAUGUACUGGAUUGACCCGAAUCUUGGCUGUUCUUCAGACAGUGUCCAAGUCACCUGCAACUUCACCCAAGGAGGACAGACUUGCCUCAACCCCAUCACUGCCUCGAAGGUGGAUUUCGACAUCGGAAGAGUGCAAAUGAAUUUCCUUCAUCUCCUGAGCUCCGAAGUGGUUCAGAACAUCACCUUCCACUGCCUGAACACACCCGUCUGGCAGGAAGGACCGUUGGAGAAAGCUGUGCGUUUCAAGGCCUGGAAUGGGCAGACGUUUGAAGCAGGAGGACAGCUCAGGCCCGAAGUGGUGGUGAACGACUGCAAGAUCCAAGACGGAAAAUGGCAUCAGACUCUCUUUACGUUCCGGACGCAGGACCUGCACCAACUGCCCAUUGUCGGCGUCCACAACCUUCCGCCAUCCGAGCCAGGGAAGCAGUAUUUCCUCGAGGUCGGACCCGUGUGUUUCCUCUAAGUGGGGAUUCAGCAGUGCUUUAAGCUUUGGCUUCUUUACUUUUGGGGAUGCUGCAUUUUUGAGCGGAGCUCGUUCCAUGCCCGUCCCUCUGAGGCACAGAGGGCUAAGCCUUUUACUGUUUGGACCACAAUGCUCGGUGAAAUCGUACGGAACUCUUGGUCUGUCAAGACUCUCGUUCUCCGGCAUGGGGACCAGGAGAGAGCGUUGGCUCCGGUAGAGACGCGACUUAAUUCACAGGAAGCUUAGGAAGUUGAAGUGGAGGCCAGUUGUCCCGAACAAUCCUACACCCAAAGAUAUUGUUUCCCCUUCAGCCAAAGAAAUGCUACACAAGAUCUUGUAAACCAGCCCACAUUGUCGUGUUACCAAAUUGUGGCUUUCUGGGAUGGCGUCUAACAGGCAGGGCUUUGUGGGAAGAGAUAGGACGGAGACUUGGAAAUACGGAUUUGCAAAACUGUUCUCAGCUGCUGCUUGUUCUGGAACAGGAAGCAUUUUGAUGUGCAAUAUUAGAGAGAGAGAGAAUAUAUAUUUUAUUUAAGGCAAAAAUAAAAAUAAAACCAAAAUCCUUCUUCCCUUUGGGAGAGCAAAACAUCCCUUUUCGCGUGUGCAAACGAGGAGGGGAGAACCCAAAGUAGGUAAGAAGUGAGAAGAGAUUGGUGCUAAAUAGAAAAGAGAGAGAGAGGGAGAGAAAGAGAGGGCGGGCGGGCUUGUUUAAUUUGAUUCUACCUCUCACUGUGAAAUACCUGGUGCUCUUUUAUUUUUUAAGGAAAGAAAUGUGUUAUUUUAUAUAUGACUAAAACUAUUUAAGGUUCUAAGAGGUGCUACGGUGUCUCAUCACAAGCCCACUUAACCCUCAGCCUUGGUGAGUUCUCUUUAAAACGAGAGCAGGCGGGGAGGAGAGCUGUGAUCUUCAGCGAAACAACUACAAAUGGACUUUUAACUUAAAAGUGCAUUAAAUAUUCUGUGGGGGUUUUAUGUGUUCUUUGGAAUCCAGGUUUCGUGAACAGUCCUUUGUCAUGGGUGUGUAACAUAGUGUGUCCUUUAGGAAAUGUCUUUUUCUAUUUUGUUUUUAAGCAAGAGUCAAGCUUACAAGAAACACAUUUCUCUGCUUUUAUAAAUAUAUAUAUAUACAUGUGUGCGCGUGUGUGCGCAUGUCUGUAUAACUUACUCACCAAAGCAUUAGAUUGCAGUGGGAACCAUGACGAGACAGAGAGAGAGAGAGAGAAAACACUAAUUGGUGUUAACUUUUGUUCUUUCAAUAGUUUGGUUCCAUUUUUAUGUCGACUCUGAGUCUAUUGACUCCGGGUCUGUUCUCCAUGCCAGUUCUUGUAUUUGUGGCAACCUCUGAUGCUGAAAAUCCAACAACUCUUUCAACCACAGCAGUGAAAAGUCGACCCACAUCUUUGGGGUCCAUCUGUCAAGACCGAUGUCAGAGGUACCUUGCCGUUUCUUCACCCAGUCGGUCUUGGAAGGGUUUUUGUUUUUUUGUUUUGUUCUGUUCUGUUUGGUUUUGUUCUGUCUUGUAGAAAUCUAGACUCUGUAUGUAAAUUUGGAGUUUAAAAAAAGAGGAGGAUUAAUAUUAUGGUAAUCGUUUUAUUCUAUAUAAGGAAUGUAAUAUUAAUGUAAUCGGUGGCCGUACUGUAUUGAACGCUUUGGUGCCUGUUUUGGAUUUCUGUGUUUCGUAAAAUAUAUGUGAGUCUUAA